GGUUAACGUGAGUAUGAAGUGUUUAUUCGUGAAAAGAUGGCUACCGUGUUCUAGCUUUUAAUCAGAGGGAUAAAAGUAUGCAGUUAAACCGAGUGUAGGGUCUAGAUCUAGGCCUAGAAGAUCAUGAAUGAGGUUAUGAGAAAUGCAAAGACUUUCCUUGGACUGGUACAGACUGCCAAGACUGAUGCAGCUGGACACUGGAACCGAGAGGCAUUCCAGAGGGCCAUGCAGUGGGCAGAAUAUUUUGAAGGGGUUUACAAGAAACUAGAAACCAAGGCAGAAGUGGUGACUAAGUUCAGCAGGGGCCUAGAGAUCAUUAGCAGUCAGCCUGGAGCCUGCUCUGGACCUAGUCCUGUCACCUUUGCGGAUCUUAAACACUCAAGAAGAAUGCUCCUUAAGAUUUUGCUCCAGAAUCCCUAUUUGAGUGGUGAACUAUACUCUCUGGUACUGGACAAUUACAACAGCCUAUCAUCUAGCCCCGAAGGGUUAACAGGAACAGAUAUGCUUAACCAGGAUGCUACAGAGUGCAGUCAUGCCAAGGCACAAAGAGAAACCCUACUCGGGAUCAAAGCUUUUACUUCUCAAGCAGUGGAAAGGAUGGAAAAAAGAGGUCAUACAGAUCACACCCUGGAUUCCAAUGACAUGAUUGAUGUUGAGAUCCAGACAGAUGCAUGUAUUCUUCAUCAACAUCUUCUCCAUCACCUGUCUAAGAACCGAUCAUCACAAAGCACACUUGACUACCUACAUGAUAAGUUAGAGGAGAUAGCUCAAAAGCCCCAUGGACUCGAGAUCAUCUCUUUUGCUGAAUCGCAUAUUCUCUCCUGGGAGAAUGAGGAACAGAGAGAAGCUGAAGAUUCAUUGGGCAUCUCAGCUGAAAUCCGAUGUAAGCAGCUCCUCUCGGACUGGUUGCUGAAGAGAGUCAAUAUUGCUUCAGCAAAUGAGAUUAAAGAUGAGAGAAAACCACCCUAAAGUGAUUUAUUAAGGUGAGCCCUUAUGGGUGGUGUUUGGAUGAAAGAAGAUGGAUACACAUCAAGCUUUGUAUCAUUUCAUCUCAUGGAUUUCCAUCGAACAUGUGAUUGCUGUUGGAUCUCACGGCUGAGCCAUCCUUUAUGAAGCCAGGCAUCUUGAUAAUAUUUUGCAAUUUAACUUCUAGAAAGGCAAUCAUAGCUUCAACUCACAGGGAAAGUUUGGGUUAGCUACAUAAUUUGGCAUAUCUUUUUAAAUGAUCUCUUCCAAAUGACUGUGUGUAGGGUUUGCUCAAUUACCUCCUGGACGGUGUGUGCGCUCUUUAUGUUUACACUAUUAUUAUUAUUAUUAUUAUUAUUACUCAAUUGUUCCUCAGAGCAAGUCUUACCUCUCCUGGUUGAGAGAGAACAGCAAGAUGAGACAAAAAGAAGCUUUAGCUGCUACACUGAAACACACAAAAGAAACAUUCAUAACACACACAAAAAAAGAAAACAAUUAUUAAACAUCAAACUAGCAAUGUAUAACACUUGAAUAUUGCAUUAUGAAAGAUUUAUUUCCUAACAUAAUUCAAUAAAAA